UGGAGACUAGUUUGGUGUGUAUGUUUCGUUCUGCAAGGGCGUUAGUGCACAAUCCGCGGAUUGCUUGGGGGAUGUUUUGGGUGGGUUGCAUUGGGGAGAGCAAGCAGUUUAUUGUGUGAUUAUUCCUUUGUGGAGUGCAUGUUCCGUGGGCAUUCUUGGUGUUGCGAUGAUGGGGAUAAGAGCGUGCGAGGCUCCGUUCGGAGCUUGGAAGUCUCCGUUGACAGCAGAAUUUGUUUCAGGGUCGUUGGAUUGCUUUGAAGGGGCUGCCGUUGAUUCUGACGGCCAGUGGAUUUGGCUCGAAAAUCGAUCCUCUAAAUCUGGUUGUGCGGUGUUGGUGAGAGAAGGAGCCCAACCUGGAUCCAACCCGGAGGAUAUAACUCCAUCUGGUUUUUGGCGUCCGCUCUCAACUGCAUGAGUGUGGCGGAGGAAACUUCGCAGUGAAAGAAGAUAAUGUAGUUUUCUCCAAUUACGCAGACCAGAGUUUGAAUAAACAGUCGAUUAAAGACGGUACACUUCUCACUAAUUUGGACUUCCAAUCGGUGGUGAUCUCCCGCGAUUUGUGCUCCUGCAAUCAUCUGAUAUCUCUGCUUGUCACACAUAGCAUUAUCUCAAAAAGCUUUCAGAAAUUCUCGAUCUAAUUAAUGGUCAGGAUAUUGUACUUUCCACAAGUUAUUCCAAUCCCACAUAAUUUUUGAUUUUUCCCAAGUGAAACAGAACGCACUCCCAUGCCAGUACCUACAGCGUACGAGAAUGACGCAGUAAGAUAUGCGGAUGAAACGUUUGACGAAAGAUUCAAUCGUGUUGUCGUUGUUCGGGAAGAUGAGCACUGUGCCAUGGUUGCAGGGUGGCUGACGAUGAUAUGUUGAUGCUGAGCAAUUGUCGCCUGGAGGGGGUGGAAUCCGUUGACGAAAUUGUAGCCAGGUCUCUUGAUGGCGAAACUAAACUUGGCAUUUGUUCUUGAAGCCUUAAUAUUGACAUUCUUCUGGUGACAUGGACUCAUCUGCUUUUGUAUGCGAAUUCUGGGUGCCCCCUUUGUUAUGAACUAUAGCGGACCGAAGAGCUGGUCUUUUGCAUUGUUACUGGUUUGGUGCACGUCUGACACUCGGUGACUGGUUUCAGAACCAGAGGUUUUAGUGAAAGCCAGGGACUUUUAUAUGUUCCCAAGACUGAGUCCAGAUGGUCAGAUGCUUGCUUGGAUGGAAUCGUCUCACCCUAAUAUGCCUUGGGACCGUAUAUCUAUAUGGGUUGGCAAAAUUUCAGAUGACGGGAGAUUCUGGAGUUUUGCUGGUUGUUUCUUGUGUUUUGAUGAGUUGCAGUUGGGUGUUGACACUAAUUGUUAUAUCACACCAAGUGAUUUGCUAAAUACUCCCAUGAAUGUACAGCAAGAUAGAUAUGGAGAUAAGUACAAUUCCAUAUCUUGUUUCCGGUUUACUGGUGAUUCACUGGUAGUGCAUCACACGUGCGUGAAAAUGGAAAAAAUCGGUAUUUGUCUUCAUGCUUACACAUACAGGAGCAUAAGAAACUCAUCUUGUGUAGCGGGAGAUGAUGACAUCGUGGAGUCUGCGACUGAGCCAAAAUGGUCACCCAAAGGGUGUUGGGGGAAAGGUGCAUCAUUGCGUCCGAUGGACGCUGAGUUUGCAACACCAUUCUGGGCUUUUGGUUUCUCUUCAUAUGCUUUCAUUGGCAACUCUGGAGAUCAGAUUGUAUGCACUUAUAGGUUUUUAUCCCUGGUCCAGUCUUGUCACUGGAUUCUGCUUCUGUUGGCAGCAAUUCGUCAGAAAGGGUUCCAGUGAAUUUUUUGGUUCAAGUCCCCAUUGUGGUUCUGUCAUGUGUAACUAAAGAAUCGUAACGUGGCGUCACACGUUUUGACUACAUGGUCCAGAAACAUAUGAUGAAAAGUCUAUACAACCUCAUUUCUGGAGGACACCACAUUCAAGGAGAAACUGUGCACGGAUGGCUAUGUCAGAAACAUUUUAUGAGUUUUUUCUCAU